AUGGCCACUCUCGCAGCCAGCAGUUCCCCCCUCCGUCAACGGCGCUUCGCCCCCCUCAACCAUGCGGAGAACCGCGGAGAUGGCUCCGCACCAGCUCUGAGAGGCAUCGUCUUCGACGUAGACGGCACAUUAUGCCUUCCUCAGAAUUAUAUGUUCUCCGAAAUGCGAGCCGUCCUGGGCAUUGACAAACAAACCGAUAUAUUGCACCACAUCGCCCGCCUCCCCACGCCGGACGCCCGUCUCGAAGCCGCCAACAAAAUCAAGGCCAUCGAGCGCGAGGCCAUGCGCCAUCAGCAACCGCAACCCGGCUUAGUGGAUCUGAUGGAUUAUCUGGAGACGAAGGGGGUGCGGCGGGCGCUUUGUACGCGGAACUUCGAGGCACCCGUGACGAAUCUCCUGCAGAACCAUCUCCCCGCUCAUGUAUUCCUACCGAUCAUCACCCGCGAGACGCCAGGCUUGAUGCCCAAGCCCGAUCCCGCGGGGAUCUUGCAUAUUGCGAGUGAGUGGGGGUUGGAGGGUGGUGGCCAGAAUUUGAUUAUGGUCGGAGAUAGUCUCGAUGAUAUGACGGCCGGUCAUACGGCCGGGGCCGCGACCGUGCUCCUUCUCAAUGACCAUAAUGCUCAUCUGAAAGACCAUGCGCACACGGAUCUCUGCAUUGAGCGGCUAGAUGAGCUGGUUGACAUUCUCGACCGCGGCUUUGUCGGCCACAGGGGUGGGGAUAAACUCCCCACGACCGACGCCUCCAUGCCGGAGGUAUCGGCUCAAUGA